AUGAUUCCUCCACGCCUGCAGGGGGCGCUGUGGAGCCUCUGCGCUGGCAAUGGCGGCUUUGGCACAGGGGAGAGGAGAGAGGUGUCAGCAGGCAGGAGGGAGAACAUCCCUGACACCGAGGUGCUGAGGCGGGCGUCGGGGGGACUGGCCCUGCAGGGCAUCUACAGAAGCAGCAGAACUGGAGAUGUGCUGGCAACACGAGAGCAGCUCCUCAGGGUGCCUGAGGGAUUCCAGCUCGCCGGUCCGGAGCAGGGAUCGCUGCUUGAGAGGAGGGAGUUCUCCUCUUCUGCAGAAGAAUCCACUUUCACCAAGUCCAUGGAGCAGCUGGGGUUCAGCAUGAGCGUUUCUGCCAAAUUUGCGUUCUGGGGGAUUAAUGUGGGACAGAGCGUAGAUCACAGCAGCUCCUCGCAGACACAGGACACCCACCAGUCCCACUCUGAGCAGAGCUACUUCUGCACCACCAAGUUCCAGUACAUCCCCCUGGCCUCCUGCUACUUCCAAAGGCAUCAGCUUCGCCUCUCAGAUGCAGCUCUGAGGGAGCUGCAAGACAUGGAAAAGAUUUUGGGGGUCACUCAGAAGGAAGACAACCCCAUGUUUGUGAAGAUGUGUGAGAGUUUCUUUAGCAAGUUUGGGUCUCACAUAAACCAGGGUCCCCUCCACUUUGGGGGGAUAUUCUGGUGGAAGGCAUCCACAGAAGGAUUCCGAGCUGAGGAGCGUGGAGAGAUGAAGCGACAAACAUCUGAAGCACUGAACAGCUUUGUUGGGGGCAGCUGGGGUGGUAUCCGGGCCAGUGUAGAAGGGACUGUGGAUGUAUCCAAAUCCAGCUCGCAGGAUUCUGUCCUGGGAAGAGUUGCAGAGGGUUCCUAUAGAGCAAUUCAGCUCUAUGUGGUCAACACAGGGGGCCCAGCAGACACAACUUCUCUUCCUCAGUGGAAAAUGGGGCUCGUGUCUGAUAACACAACGUGGUGCGUGAUCGACCGCGGCUUUGAGCUGAUCCCAGUGUGGGACGUCAUCCUGUGCAAUCACUGCGGGGAUUUUAACUCUGUUGCUCAGAUGAGCAGAGCCCUCAGGGAUGCGUACAAAGCGCUGACGAAUGAGAGUGAUGGCACCAUUUUUGGAGAGGAACUGGGCAGUGCAGUGCAAGAGGCCAGAGAUUUCAUGGAGACUGUGAAGGCCUGGGAGGUGACAAUGGUUGAAAGGAAGCUGUUCACGCUGAUGGAGCUCAAAGAUGAUCUGAAUGCAAAAACCAGGAACCACAGUGUGUGGAUCAAUGUGUGCCUGUCACACAAAGCCCUGCAGGAUUUCCUGGUGAACACCGUGCGGAGCUGCCAGGAGUCACCUCCAGAAAACACCACUUCUAUCAAGGUAAUGUUGAAAACCCUCCUGGAUCCUCAUAUCUACUCUGUCAAGGACUUCUCUGAGGCUUCCUUCAUUAUGCAGUGGAUCUUCCAGACUGAGCACUCGCUUCCCAGAUCUCCCAAAAUCUCUGAGCUUGAAGACCUCAUCAAAACACUGCAGCAAAUGAAGGAGCACAUCUGUGCUGUCACCUACGCACCAAGAAGCUCUGCUUCUGCCAUUCAUGAAGCAAAGAUAGAAGCCACCCUGACCAGCAGCCUCGCCAUUUAUUCCAUACUCCAGUCUCUCAAGGAACGGGACAAGAAGGACAUGGAACUGUUGGUGCUCUUGAUUGCCACCAGCACAGGGUACCAGGUGGAAAGCAGCACUUUUCAGCACCUCCUUGGACACCCAGAAAUUCAGUACAUGGCCAAGGAAAUGGAAGCGGCACAUGAGGAGUAUGUGAACCUGAAGGAGCAAGAUGCCGACAGAGCUGAGGCCUCCCUUCUGCUGAUGGGUCUGACUGUGACACCAGAAAGUCAAAAGCUGUCCCCUAAGCAGAAGAGGGAGCGUUUAGUUUUCAUGGAAGAUCACAUGAAAGGCUUGUGGUCCACACGGAUAAAGAACCUCCUCCAAAAGCACAGUGCAGACACAGACUGGGAGAGGCUGGAACGGGACUUGCAUUCCUUGAUCAGUGGGAGCUUGGAUGAGGAAUGGGAUGAACACAGGAUGCAAAAAAUACUCACAGAUCUGGAAGACACUUUUACAACACCUGAGCCACCCAGUCAGUGCCAAUCCAAGUCAGACAGCAGCCAAUCCAAAGCAAAAGAAGCCAUUGCAAACCAGGAGUUCCUCCAGUUGCUCAAGCGCCUUGGACUCGAAAGUCGCUAUCCAAGAAAAAUGGGAAUGGGAGAUUUCCGCACCAUCUGCAAGAUAUCUCUGCAGGACAGCCAGCCCAGCAAGGACAAGGAACUGCCAUUAUACUUCUUGCAAAAGCUGUUAACUGUGGAUUACCAGGUGAGGUACCUGACUUGCUGGAAAGACAACAACACAGAACCUGCACCCAUGCCACAAACACCAGAGAAAAAGCACCAACACUCAGAAUCCUUUGAAAACUUCCUUGAUAAUAUGAAGGAAGCAGCCACUGAAAGUGCAAGCAGGGACAGCCAUGUGCACCCCAUGGACCUGCAGAUGGCCAUUUUCCACUGUGCUGAUGACUUCCUGAGACAGUCCCUUGCAACCAAGCUGGCCUUCUGCCAACUGGCGCUGCCUCUGCUGCUGCCCAACCCCUGCACUUCUCACAUCGAGUUCCCGCUCUACGCCCUCAGCCAAAUCCAGAGGAGCUGGAAAGAGGCAGAGAAGUCAGGAAAGCAGGCCCAAACAAAGAGUUACAACAACAAACUCAUCUUCCAGGCACAGACACCCAUCGUGUCCUUCAUCCGCAUUGGCAGCUCGGCCUCCUCUUCCAAGUCUCAGCUCCUGAACGCUCUGCUGAGCAAACGCAAACACGACACUUUCUUCCACCGCCACUGCAGAGGCAGCACCAGAGAGCGGCUGCUGAUGGAAGGGGUGGUGGAGAUCGCCUGGUACUGCCCCCGGGGAAGCCCUGAUGACACCUUUGAGUGCUGUGUGGCUUUCUGUAACCUGCAUGGAGACGCCAGGGAGCACGGAGCACAGCUGCAGUUCCUGCAGGACAUAUCUGCUGUCAACGUUGUUCUUGUUUCAGAUUCGGAGCACAUGGACAACAGGGGGAAAAAGCUUCUGCAGGACCUGUGGCAGUCACAAAGGCCUUUGAUUUGUCUUCUCACUGAAAAAGAGAACACUGCAACUGGACAAUCCAGCAAAAAAAUAAAAAUAGGGAUCAAGAACAAAAACGAAGCAGAACUGAUGGACCAGCUGACCAAAAUGAUCAGAGAUCUCCUGGAAGGGUCGAAUCCACGUUUCAGCCUGGAAGCCUGCGCGGACAAAGCUCGCCAGCACGGAUUUGUGGUGGAUGCAGAUCAACCUGCGUGUGUGACAGCCAAAGCAAAGGCAAAGGAGCUGGUGGACCUUCUGAAGAGAGAGAAGCUGUCUGAGAUCAAAUCCCAGCUGCUGCCUCUUCAAGGAAAACUGUGGUACCAGUGGUGCAAAAAGGACAAAGAACUCACUCGCCUGCAGGAGAAGGGGAACAAGAGCAUUGAGCAUCAUCGCAGCCAAAUUGAAUAUGAGAAGAAAGCAAUAAGAAAAAAGCAACUGGAUCAAGCUUUCCCUCUCAAUCAGCUGAUGAAAUCAUUCCUUGGCUUUCUCCAGGCCCAGCCAGCAGAUAACAAGAAAUAUUUCCUGCAGUGGAUGAAAGUGUUUAUGGACGAGCUGUCCUGUGGUCGCCUUGAAGAACUGAGGAUCGACUAUCACAAGUUAUGGACUGAAAUCCUCUCAGGAAAGAAAAGCAAGAAAAAACCUAAGGAGAAUGCACCAUUACUGUGUCGCUUGAAUGCCAUCUCUGAUGAAAUCAACGAUUCAUCCAUUGGCCUGGAGCACUUUCUGAGAGAAGUUGGGCAGAUUUAUGAAGCUCUGGAAUUAAUGAAGUCCGAAGAAAACAAAUUUGCCAAACUGCCUGAAAUUGCAGCAGAGCUGAUGGUGUCAGGGUAUCCUGUGGAGCUGAUGGAUGGGGACGCUUCUUACCUGCCCUUGCGCUGGGUGGGAGCAAUCUUUGACAGCCUAAUUGAGAGGCUGGGGGACAAACGAGUGUUUGUGCUCUCCGUGCUCGGCAUCCAGAGCACAGGCAAGUCCACCCUGCUGAAUGCCAUGUUUGGGCUGCAGUUCAAUGUCAGCGCGGGGAGAUGCACCCGUGGAGCCUUCAUGCAGCUCAUCCCACUGGGCAAGGAGCUGCAGCAGGACUUGGGCUUUGACUUUCUGCUGGUGGUUGACACAGAGGGACUUCGUGCCAUCGAGAUGGCCAAUAAACAGUCCCUGAACCAUGACAAUGAGCUGGCCACAUUUGUCAUUGGUGUCAGCAACUUGACUGUGAUCAAUAUCUUUGGAGAAAAUCCAUCAGAAAUGCAAGAUGUUCUCCAGAUCGCUGUGCAGGCUUUCCUGAGGAUGAAGAAAGUCAAUCUUUCCCCAAGCUGCCUCUUUGUGCACCAAAACGUGGGAGAAGCAACUGCCAAGGAGCAGAACAUGGAAGGACAAAGGCGUUUGCAGGAAAAGCUGGAUGAAAUGACCAGGGUAGCUGCCCAGCAGGAAUUCUGUGACGUCUCCUCCUUCAGCGACGUCAUUGGCUUUGAUGUGAACACCCACAUUCACUACUUUGCUCACCUGUGGGAAGGAAACCCCCCAAUGGCACCGCCCAACCCCACCUACAGCCGGAACGUCCAGCAACUAAAGAGCAAAAUCCUCCAGGCUGCCAAGCAGCAGUCGCAGCGCAGCAUUUUGAGGCUCUCGAGUCUGAAAGAUCGUAUCGGUGGUCUCUGGAAUGCUUUGCUGAAUGAAAACUUUGUUUUCAGCUUCAAGAAUUCCCUGGAGAUUGCUGCGUACAGGAAACUGGAAAGUGCCUUUAGUCAGUGGACCUGGAGGCUGAGGAGUCACUUCUUAGAUGUACAGAUGAGAAUGAACAACAAAAUUCAGAAUGGGGACUUGCAGAAUGUCACCAGAGAACACCUUGAAGGGCUGGUGAAAGAGACAAGUGAUGCCAUUGAGAAAGAAGUGGAAAAGUAUUUCAGGGAAGACAAAGACCGUGAGAUACUGAUCCAGUGGAAAUCAAGCACAGAGCUGAAGCUGAAAGAACUAAAAGCAAGUCUUCUUCAUGAAACAAAAAAGAAAUGUGAGCAUCUUAUUGAGCUACAGAAGGAGCAGAGGAAACUGGAUGCAAGGAAGUUGGAAUAUGAAGAUGAGCUCCUGAGAAGGAGUAGGGAGCUGGCUAUGACUCUGAAAGGGAAGAGCCUUAGUGAGAGAGAACUGAAAAACAACUUUACCUCUGUCUGGAACAGUUGGAUUGCUGAAGUCUCCCGUGCUGCUCGUCCGCCAGAACGGGUGGAUAUUGAUGCAGAAAUCGAAGAUGUCCUUCUAGAGCACUUUAAGGAGCCAGGUUUCCAUGAACGGAUCAGGUCAUUU